AUGGCGUCUCCCAGUGGGAAGGGAGCCCGGGCGCCCGAGGCUCCUGGCUGCGGGCCGCGGCCGCUCGCCCGAGACCUGGUGGACUCGGUGGACGACGCGGAGGGGCUGUACGUGGCGGUGGAGCGGUGUCCCCUGUGCAACACCACCCGCCGCCGCCUGACCUGCGCCAAGUGCGUCCAGAGCGGCGAUUUCGUCUACUUCGACGGCCGCGACCGGGAGAGAUUUAUUGACAAGAAAGAAAGGUUAAGCCGACUUAAGAACAAGCAAGAAGAAUUUCAGAAAGAAGUAUUAAAAGCCAUGGAAGGAAAACGGCUAACAGAUCAGUUGAGAUGGAAAAUAAUGUCCUGCAAGAUGAGGAUUGAACAACUGAAACAAACAAUAUGUAAAGGAAAUGAAGAAAUGAAGAAAAAUUCUGAAGGCCUCAUCAAAAACAAGGAAAAGAACCAGAAACUUUAUAGUCGAGCCCAGCGGCACCAAGAGAAAAAGGAGAAGAUUCAGAGGCACAAUCGCAAGCUUGGUGAGCUGGUGGAAAAGAAAACUAUUGACUUGAGAAGUCAUUAUGAGCGUUUGGCGAGUCUCCGGCGAUCCCAUAUACUAGAGCUCACCUCUGUCAUCUUCCCAAUUGAUGAAGUGAAGACUGCUGUGAGAGAUCCUGCAGAUGUGUCUUCAGAGAGUGACAGUGCCAUGACCUCCAGCACCGUGAGCAAGCUUGCUGAAGCCCGGAGGACAACCUAUCUCUCUGGAAGAUGGGUCUGUGAUGAUCACAAUGGCGACACCAGCAUUAGCAUUGCAGGGCCUUGGAUUAGCCUUCCUAACAAUGGGGACUACUCUGCCUACUAUAAUUGGGUAGAAGAGAAGAAAACUACACAGGGGCCUGACACGGAGCAUAAUAACCCCGCCCACACCAUCAGUGCUGCCUUGUGCUAUGCCACUCAGCUGGUCAACAUUUUGUCUCAUAUACUGGAUGUCAAUCUCCCCAAAAAGCUGUGCAACAGUGAAUUUUGUGGAGAAAAUCUCAGCAAGCAGAAAUUUACUCGAGCAGUGAAGAAAUUGAACACCAAUAUCCUUUACCUUUGUUUUUCUCAGCAUGUAAAUUUAGAUCAAUUACAACCACUGCACACCCUCAGGAACCUCAUGUACCUGGUUAGUUCGAGUUCUGAACACCUGGGCAGGUCGGGACCCUUUGAGGUGCGAGCAGACCUCGAGGAGUCCAUGGAAUUUGUGGACCCCGGAGUUGCUGGAGACUCAGAUGAGAGUGGAGACGAGCACGUAAGUGACGAGGAAACUGACCUGGGUACAGACUGGGAGAACCUGCCGAGUCCCCGGUUCUGUGACAUCCCGUCCCAGCCUGUGGAAGUCUCCCAGAGCCAGAGCACCCAGGCGUCCCCACCCAUCUCCAGCAGCAGUGCGGGUGGGAUGAUCUCCUCCGCUGCAGCCUCUGUGACCUCCUGGUUCAAAGCUUAUACUGGACACCGCUCGUGAGCGUGGACAAAGUGCUCUCCCACCUCCCACUGCACUCGGUGACCCUGUGGUGGAGUUACGAUCGUGCCUGGAGCUCAAAGAGGCCAAACCACAGUUUGCUGUUUCCCACAGGGAGACAAGCACCUUGCUUGUCAGGUGGCCUGUCGUGGUGACUGACAUGCUUGGGGUAAUAGAAGAGAGGGCACAAACGUCCUUCUGCACAGACCAGUGUCAGCAGAGAGACCCGUGCUUCUACCGGCCAGUGUGUUCGAGACAUUCUCCUUGGAUAUCUUUGGGUCCCAAGCCUGCCAGGCCCCACAACACACUGGUCCUGUGAUACUCAGCCUGUUCCUGACACCAAGUUCUAGAGGUUGGUCACAUCCCAAGGAAGUGGCUCUUGGUGAUGAGGACCUGAAAGACUAAAAUUGAGUUUUUCUGCUCUUUUCUUUUGUACAAAGAGCCAGCAGUAAUUUGAAAUAUUUGAUUUCUUGACAAUUUUGUCAGCUUUGGUUUUUGAGCCAGGAUUUUGGUCUUGUUUGUGAAGGGUGGUCUUUUGAGGGAUCAGUAGUAGCUUAAAGCUUAUCUCAUUGUGCUGCUCUGUCAUAGCUCAUCACAUUCCUGGUUUUCUUUCCCACACACCAAAGAAGCUAAGGUCUUUAUUUCUAAAGGGCCCACAUCCGUGAAUGGAAGAAAUCCCAGCUGCAAUAAUGUCUUAGAGAUGUCUAAAGUAUUUUCUUGUCUGCUGAGAGGGAAUAAGUUCAUUCAGAAUUUCUACCAUCCACACUGUAUGCAUUUUGGAAUGAAAUAUAUGCGAGUGAAAAUCAGUCAUUAAAGUCAUUCCCUUGUGAGCAAAAUGCUUGCCUGGACACAAGUUAAAGCCACUUGACUGAGUGGCCUCUGAUCCUCCUCUCAGUGCCCAGUUUCUUCCUGAGGAGCCUAGGAAAUGGCAUGCAUGUGUAGGACACCCUCCUGCUUGCUCCCUAAGGGAACCGUGUGGCUCUGAAGCCACUGCCUGUGCCAAGUGCAGAACACCCCCCUGGCUGGUACUAUAUUCUUGUCCCAGGGAAGGUUCAGCUGUCAUGAGCUUUCCCUCACCAAAUGAUCGCUUUUAGCUAACAUGUCUUAAUGACAAUCUUACAGAAAACUAUGAGAGGCAUUAUGUACAAAUUUGUAAGUAGUUCCUUUUGUUUUUAAUAACUGCAAAGAAUCCUGUGUAACAACUACAAAAAGAAAUCCUAUGAAAAAGAUUCCUAGCAGGCAUUAUUACCAUAUCUUCUUAGUGUGACUAGCAUGAUAUAGUACCUCUGAUCAGUGACUCAAGAGGUUUGCCACGCCCUGACUUCUUUUCUCUUUGUAAUUACUAUAGUUGACAGUUGGUCUUCAGAACCGAGGUGCUAUCUAGCCUUUGCUGUUGUGUACGUGGUGGUUAGUAGGGCUUUGAGGUAGGGUUGAAGAAGGUACUUUAUUCCUACCCAGGUGUCCUAAGUUCUCUGGUUUUGUGAAUGUUCUGCUUAGGGAAGAGACAGGCUUUCCAAACCCUUGCGGGCUCAUUAAGCCAGGGUCUCCUUUGUGAGAGCUUAGCGUCAUGAUUUUUGGGCUUGCAUUUUCCUGCCCACUUGUGGGAUGCACAGAUAGCAGCCGACUAGAAACCAUGGAGUGAGAAGAAGCUACAGGAGAGAAUCUAGAGGCUACAAACUCAUGUCUAGAACAACAAAACAAGGAUGUGGGGAAUUUAGGGAUUGAUAGGGUAUAUUUUGUUGUUGUUAGUACCGCACUUUAUGUCGACUUCACUUUACGUCAGGGUAAGUGGUCUGACACUGACGGCUUGAACACCAACAUGCUGGCUUACACUGCUGAAAUAUUUGGGUUUCAUUAUUUUGCACUGGAUCCACCUGUAAAUAUUUGUAAAUCUACAUUUCAGCCACUGUUUUUUCUACUCUUUUUGCUGCUCAUUAACCCUUUCAUGUAGGUGCCAGAGCCAUGUGUAAACAGCUUUCUGAAAAAAAUGAAGCUGAUGAUUUUCCUUUAAACAAAAAGCCAUAGAACUUGGUCAUAGUUUCCAUUUUAAAAUGAUUUAUUGAAACAAGGUAAUAAUAAAACCCCACAGACACCAAGUAGGCUGCUUUAAGUGGUCUUACAAAAGACAUUCUUAUGUACUAGAAUAUAAUGAAGAAAAGUUUUGCACAUGAGUAGCUUAUGGGGGAAACUAUGUCACCAGGUAUGGUGGACAGAAUUUGGUUAGGAUCCAGGUGUACUUUGGGAAAGAACACUUGCUGUCCUGCUGUUAAAAGAACUGAGUGUCAGAAUCUCCUCGCUGUGUCUUAGAGCAGGAAGUUCCCUUUGCUCUGAGACUUGGAAACAGGUUUGAGUCAUACAAAUGUUUUCUAAACUUUUAUUGUAUUACUGCAAUAAAUCUUUUAACAGUACUUUGCUAAUAA